AUGAUGAGAGAAUGGGUCCUGGUCUUGCCCACACUGCUCUGUGUUCUGGCAGACCCCAUGCAGCACCUGUUCCAGUCGAGCCUGGUGCUGGACCUGGCCAAGGUCCUCUUGGAUAACUACUGCUUCCCCGAGAACCUGAUGGGAAUGCAAGCAGCCAUUGAGCAGGCUAUGAAGAGUCGUGAGAUUCUGGGCAUCUCAGACCCUCAGACGCUGGCCCAUGUGCUGACAGCCGGAGUGCAGAGUUCCUUGAAUGACCCACGCCUCUUUAUCUCCUAUGAGCCCACCACCCUCGAGGCUCCCCAGCCAGCAGCGACACUCACCAACCUCACCCAAGAAGAACUGCUGGCCCAGCUACAGAAGAGCAUCCACCAUGAAGUCCUUGAGGGCAACGUGGGUUACCUAAGAGUGGAUGACCUCCCCGGCCAGGAGGUACUGAGUGAGCUGGGGGGGUUCUUGGUGACCCAUAUGUGGAGGCAGCUCAUGGACACCUCGUCCUUGGUCCUCGAUCUCCGGGACUGUGCUGGUGGGCACAUCUCUGGGAUCCCUUAUUUCAUCUCCUACUUGUACCCUGGGAACACCGUCAUGCACGUGGAUACCAUCUAUGAUCGCCCCUCCAAUACCACCACCGAGAUCUGGACCCUGCCCAAGGUCCUAGGGGAGAGAUACAGCGCUGACAAAGACGUGGUAGUCCUCACCAGUGGACGCACUGGGGGUGUGGCUGAGGACAUCGCCUACAUCCUCAAGCAGAUGCGGAGGGGCAUCGUGGUGGGCGAGCGGACGGAGGGUGGUGCCCUGGACCUGCAGAAGCUGAGAAUAGGCCAGUCCAACUUCUUCCUCACACUGCCUGUGUCCAGGUCCCUGGGGCCCUUGGGAGGAGGUGGCCAGACGUGGGAAGGCAGUGGAGUGCUGCCCUGCGUGGGGAUACCAGCAGAGAAAGCUCUAGAAAAGGCCUUGGCCAUCCUCACCCUGCGCCGUGCCCUUCCAGGGGUGGUGCUCCGGCUUCAGGAAGCCCUGCAGGACUAUUACACACUGGUGGACCGAGUGCCAGGCCUGCUACACCGCCUGGCUAGCAUGGACUUCUCAGCUGUGGUCUCGGAGGAAGACCUAGUGACAAAGCUCAAUGCUGGCUUGCAGGCUGUAUCCGAGGAUCCCAGGCUCCUGGUGAGAGUCACUGGACCCAGAGAAAGCUCCUCUAGGCUUGAGACUGGGCCUAACGACCCUCCAGAAGCCGCUCCUGAGGUGCCCAAGGAAGAAGCUGCUCUGAGGGCCCUAGUGGACUCUGUGUUUCAGGUAUCCGUGCUGCCGGGCAACGUGGGCUACCUGCGCUUUGACAGAUUUGCUGACACUUCUGCGCUGAGGGUACUGGGCCCUUAUGUGCUGCGCCAGGUGUGGGAGCCCCUGCAGGACACAGAGCACCUCAUCAUGGACCUGCGCCACAAUCCUGGGGGGCCAUCCUCUACUGUGCCUCUGUUGCUAUCCUAUUUCCAGGGCCCCGAGGCUGGCCCUAUGCGCCUCUUCACCACCUAUGACCGCCGCAACAAUGUCACCCAGGAACACUUCAGUCACAGGGAGCUGCUAGGCCAACGAUACGGCCACCAGCGUGGGGUGUAUCUGCUUACGAGUCACAGAACGGCUACCGCUGCUGAGGAGUUCGCCUUCCUAAUGCAGUCCCUGGGUUGGGCCACCCUGGUAGGUGAAAUCACAGCAGGGAGCCUGCUGCACACCUGCACGGUGCCGCUGCUGGACUCGCCGGAGGGCGGCUUGGCACUCACUGUACCUGUGCUCACCUUUAUUGACAACCACGGCGAGGCCUGGCUGGGUGGUGGUGUGGUGCCGGAUGCCAUUGUGUUGGCUGAAGAGGCCUUAGAGAGAGCUCAGGAGGUUCUGGACUUCCAUCGCAGCCUGGGUACCUUGGUAGAAGGCACCGGUCGCCUGCUGGAGGCUCACUACGCCAGGCCAGAGGUCGCGGGGCAGGCCAGAGCUCUCCUACGCUCCAAGCUGGCGCAAGGAGCCUACCGCACGGCUGUGGACUUGGAGUCACUGGCUUCGCAGCUCACAGCUGACCUGCAGGAGGUAUCUGAGGACCAUCGCCUGCUGGUGUUCCACAGCCCUGGUGAGCUGGUAGCAGAGGAGGUGCCUCUGCCACCCCCUGCUGUUCCCUCCCCAGAGGAACUCUCCUAUCUCAUCGAGGCUCUGUUCAAAACCGAUGUGCUACCAGGUCAGCUGGGCUACUUGCGUUUCGAUGCCAUGGCUGAGCUUGAGACAGUGAAGGCCAUCGGGCCUCAGCUAGUACGACUGGUGUGGCAGAGGCUCGUGGACACAGCGGCUCUGGUUGUUGACCUGCGCUACAAUCCUGGCAGCUACUCUUCGGCAGUGCCCCUGCUCUGCUCCUAUUUUUUCGAGGCGGAACCCCGCCAGCACCUCUAUUCUGUUUUUGAUAGGGCCACAUCUAGGGUCACAGAGAUAUGGACCUUGCCACUGGUUGCUGGGAAACGCUAUGGUCCCCACAAGGACCUCUACAUCCUCAUGAGCCACACCAGUGGCUCUGCAGCCGAGGCCUUUGCUCAUACCAUGCAGGACCUACAGCGGGCCACAGUCAUUGGAGAGCCCACAGCCGGAGGGGCACUCUCUGUGGGCAUCUACCAGGUGGGCAACAGCACCUUAUAUGCCUCCAUGCCUACCCAGAUGGCUCUGAGUGCUACCACUGGCGAGGCCUGGGACUUGGCUGGUGUGGAACCCGACAUCACUGUGCCCAUGAGUGAGGCCCUUUCCACAGCCCAGGACAUAGUAGCCCUGCGCGCCAAGGUGCCCACAGUACUGCAGACAGCUGGGAAGCUAGUGGCAGAUAACUAUGCCUCCCCUGAGUUGGGAGCCAAGAUGGCUGCCAAGCUGAGUCGUCUGCAGAGCCGGUAUGCAAGGGUGACUUCAGAAGGGGCCUUAGCUGAGAUGCUGGGAGCAGACCUGCAAAUGCUCUCUGGCGACCCACACCUGAAGACAGCACACAUCCCAGAAGAUGCCAAAGAUCGCAUUCCUGGAAUUGUGCCCAUGCAGAUCCCUUCCCCGGAAGCCUUCGAAGAUCUGAUCAAGUUUUCUUUCCACACAAACGUGCUGGAGGACAACAUUGGCUACCUGAGGUUCGACAUGUUUGGGGACUGUGAGCUGCUUACCCAGGUCUCUGAGCUGCUGGUGGAACAUGUCUGGAAAAAGAUUGUGCACACGGACGCCCUGAUCAUCGACAUGAGGUUCAACAUUGGCGGCCCCACCUCCUCCAUCUCAGCCCUGUGUUCCUACUUCUUUGAUGAGUCACCCCCUAUUCUGCUGGACAAGAUCUACAGCCGACCCAAUGACUCUGUCAGCGAACUCUGGACCCACACUCAGCUCACAGGUGAGCGCUACGGUUCCAAGAAAAAUGUGGCCAUCCUCACGAGUGGUGUGACAGCUGGCGCCGCUGAGGAAUUCACUUACAUCAUGAAGAGGCUGGGCCGGGCAUUGGUCGUUGGUGAAGUGACCAGUGGAGGCUGCCAGCCACCACAGACCUACCACGUGGAUGACACCCACCUCUACAUCACCAUCCCCACAGCUCGCUCUGUGGGUGCCGCAGACGGCAGCUCGUGGGAAGGGGUGGGUGUGACACCUGAUGUGAUUGUUCCUUCAGAAGUGGCCCUUACAAGAGCCAAGGAGACCCUCCAGCGGGCCCUGGGAGUGUGACGCAGAAACCGAGGGUCCCCAAGAAGGGUCUCCACGGCAAGAGUAGCAAUGGCAGGUCCUCUGGGCCACUGCUGGGGCUCUAGUACGAGCCUAUCACCAGCCACAGAUGUAAAGCACACGUGAGAGUAGCUUUCUGUAGUAGCCGUCCUUUCAAGAAGCCAAGGAGAGACGUGCUUAAUGCUGGUAGUACUUUCCAAUGUUUCAGCUAUUCUUUAACUUGGGACGGCACUAUCCUCUGUAAGUUCCUCCUUUAUGGAUAAUAUCACUGAGUCAAGAUGCUUUUAAUACCCAAACAAGCCUAUGGUAGAGUAAUAUCCCAAAUCAAACCACCCUAAGUCUGAGCCCAUUUCUGUCCUUUAUCUGAC